AUGGACCGGGGACCGAUGGUGGGGGCAGGGCCGGGGGCCGGGACCCGAGUCCGAGCACUGCUCGGGUACCUGGUCAAGGCGCUGCUCUGGGUGGCCUCUGCCUUACUAUAUUUUGGAAGUGAACAAGCCGCGCGCCUCCUAGGCAGCCCCUGCUUACGGCGCCUCUAUCACGCUUGGUUGGCAGCAGUGGUCAUCUUUGGGCCCCUUCUGCAGUUUCAUGUCAACUCCCGGACGAUCUUCGCUAGCCACGGCAACUUCUUCAACAUAAAGUUUGUGAAUUCAGCAUGGGGCUGGACAUGUACCUUCUUGGGGGGCUUUGUGUUGCUGGUGGUGUUCCUGGCUACACGACGCGUGGCAGUGACGGCCAGGCACCUGAGCCGACUGGUGGUGGGGGCAGCUGUCUGGCGGGGGGCCGGCCGGGCCUUUCUACUCAUCGAGGACCUGACCGGUUCCUGCUUCGAGCCUCUGCCCCAGGGCCUACUGCUGCAUGAGUUGCCUGACCGCAGGAGUUGCCUGGCAGCCGGCCACCAGUGGCGAGGCUACACUGUCUCCUCCCACACCUUCCUGCUCACCUUCUGCUGCCUCCUCAUGGCUGAGGAAGCCGCUGUAUUUGCCAAGUACCUGGCCCACGGGCUACCAGCUGGGGCCCCCCUGCGCCUUGUUUUCCUACUCAAUGUGCUAUUGCUGGGCCUCUGGAACUUCUUGCUGCUCUGCACCGUCAUCUACUUCCAUCAAUACACCCACAAGGUGGUGGGUGCAGCAGUAGGCACAUUUGCCUGGUACCUUACCUAUGGUAGCUGGUACCACCAGCCCUGGUCUCCUGGGAUCCCAGGCCAUGGGCUCUUCCCCCGAUCCCGCUCAAUCCGCAAACAUAACUGAAAGAAAUAAAAGCAUACCA